GGAAAGCUUGGUCGUUACCCGCCAUGGCCCGGAAAGAUAGUGAGCCCUCCCAAGGACCUGAAAAAGCCUCGGGGCAAGAAAUGUCACUUUGUGAAGUUCUUUGGAACUGAAGACCAUGCCUGGAUCAAAGUAGAGCAGCUGAAGCCCUACCACGCUCACAAAGAAGAAAUGAUCAAGAUCAAUAAAGGAAAGCGUUUUCAGCAGGCGGUUGACGCGGUGGAAGACUUCCUAAAGAAAGCAAAGGGGAAAGAGCAGAACUCGGACGGAAAAGGAGAGUCGAAAGGAAAGAAGACUCCCAGCAAACCACUGAAAAUACUGGAGGAGGAUGAUGAGGACCUCAGUGCCCUAAAAGACCCCUCUGAGAAGGACUUAACUGACUCUGACCCCGAGCCAUCCGCUAUUGAGAGGCUGGGGGCUGGACCCGGCUCAGGAUUCAAGUGGGAAAGCAGUGUAGUAGCUCCAGACCUUUUUCCCUUCCGACCUGCUUGGUUCUCACUUUUGACCGCUGAAGCUGUUUGUUGGCCACGUGCUCUCGAGAUGCCCGUCAAGGACGACCCUCAUUUUCACCACUUCCUGCUCAGCCAAUCGGAGAAACCGGCCUCAUCCAUGGAGCCCAUCAGCAAGCGUCUUAAAAUCGUUGAAGAGGUUACAGGUUCAACAUCCAUCCAAGCAGCGGACAGCACAGCCAUUAAUGGCAGCAUCACACCCACAGAUAAAAGGAUAGGCUUCCUGGGCCUGGGACUCAUGGGCAGUGGCAUAGUUUCCAACCUACUGAAAAUGGGUCACAUUGUCACAGUGUGGAAUCGCACAGCAGAAAAGUGUGACCUGUUCAUCCAGGAAGGGGCCCGGUUAGGCCGGACCCCCGCAGAGGUGGCCUCCAUGUGCGACAUCACUUUUUCCUGCGUUUCCGACCCCAAGGCUGCCAGAGACUUGGUGAUGGGGCCCAGCGGGGUGCUGCAGGGGAUCCGGCCCGGAAAAUGCUACAUCGAGAUGUCGACUGUAGACCCUGAGACCAUCACAGAGCUCUCACAGGUGAUCACAUCGCGGGGCGGCCGGUUCCUGGAGGCCCCGGUGGCCGGAAGCCAGCAGCUCUCCAAUGAGGGGAUGCUGGUUAUCCUGGCCGCUGGAGACCGAACGGUCUACGAAGACUGCAGCAGCUGCUUCCAGGCCAUGGGCAAGACCUCCUUCUUCCUCGGCGAGGCGGGAAACGCCGCCAGGAUGAUGCUGAUCCUCAACAUGGUCCAGGGCAGCUUCAUGGCCACCAUCGCAGAGGGGCUGACUCUGGCCCAGGCCACGGGCCAGUCGCAGCAGACCUUCCUGGACAUCCUGUGCCAGGGCCAGAUGGCCAGCACCUUCGUGGACCAGAAAUGCCAAAAUAUUCUGCAGGGCAAUUUUAAACCGGAUUACUAUUUGAAACACAUUCAGAAGGACUUGAGACUAGCCAUCUCCAUGGGAGACAUGGCCAACCAUCCCACCCCCAUGGCUGCAGCAGCCAAUGAGGUUUACAAGAGGGCUAAAGCACUGGACCAGUCCGACAACGAUAUCUCUGCAGUCUACAGAGCCUACAUUCACUAG